AUGAAUAUGAUACUAACUUUAAAUAUCUCAUCUUUCGAGUCCGUUGUAACACGAAAACAAUCAAAUGAAAUGAUUAUAGCCGUGAUAGUUACGUCUAUCUGUGGUGGAAUCAUAUAUAUUGGAGGUUUUUUUGGUAAUAUUCUUUCAUUUUCGAUAUUUGUUCAAAAAAAUGUUCGUAAUCUUUCAACUGGAUUAUUAUUUUUAAUUUUGACCAUUCUAAAUACAAUUCAUUUGUAUACCUUAGUUAUUGAUUAUUUUCAUUUAGUUUAUGAUAUUAAAUUUUAUAAACUAGUAUUUUUACAUUGUCGAUUUGAAUUAUGGAUUCAGAAUGUUUCACGUACAAUGAGUUCGUAUAUAGCAGUUACUAUUUGCAUAGAUCGAAUGAUUCGUUCUGAACCUCGUCCAUCGUUAUCUAAACAACAUAUUUAUAAACUAACAAUAAUUUAUUUUAUUCUAUUUGGUUUAAUGUUUUCAUUUUAUUUUUGUCCAUUAAAUAAAGAAAAUCAGUAUGGAAAUUGUUAUGCCGAUUUAAAAUCAAGUUAUCAUUUAUUUAUAUCUGAAAUAUGGACACCAAUACGAAUUGUCAUUGUUGGUGUAAUACCAAUUGUUAUUAUGAUUAUCACAAAUAUUCGAAUAUUUUAUAAUAUGCGUAAAUCAAAGCGACGAGUACAUCAUUCAAAUCAAAUAAUACAUUCUGGAAAAAGUGGAACAUUAUCCACUAAAAUUGAUUCAAUGAUGGUAGUAAUUAUGAUUAGUAAUGUAUUAACAUUUUUCGUUACACAAGUUCCUUUUCAUAUUGUUGCACUUGUUAAUGCAUAUGGCACUCAUUAUUUUCCAACAUAUUUUUCUCGUCGUAUGAACUACAUCUUGCGAGCACUAGUAUUAAUGUUGAGUAGUCUUUAUUUUGGAAUUGGAUUCUAUUUAUAUUGGAUAUCAUCACCAUUGUUUAGAAAAAAGUUUACAAAUACCAUAAAAAUAAUUAUAAGAAAAACAUUUUCUAUUAACACAUGGAUCGUGCGAAAAAAUCAAAUGUUUGGGAUUAAUAGACAUAAUGAUGUAAAAUGA